AUGACAAGAGUGCCUGUCUCUCAGGGGUUGUUUGGACUUGCUGCAACCGUAGCAAUCUUUAAAGGCCUCAAGGAAGCCAUGAAUUUUUAUAGCCUGGGAGCAUUACGUUUAAAUGUAUCAGACGGCAAUAUGAAUCCAACAAUGACAGCAGAAUCACAUACGGUGACAAAGAAAAUAGUGACAACUGUAACCGCAACUAUAAAUACAGGUACAAAACAGAAAUUGGACUGGCCUCUCGUACUUGACUUUGUUCUGGAGGAGUUAGAUAUGAUUGACCCCCGAAUAUGGAUUGCAACAAUUGCGCUCUGUGUCUUGGGACCAGUGGCGGUUUACCUCUUUGACGGAAGAAGAAGUGUUUUUUCCACCAAUACACACUCUACGCAAACGGAUGAAGUUGAGGAGGUGCGAAUUCCUGAUUUACCGGGGCCUUCCUCCGGAAAAGGUCCAUCAUCAUACUCUCCAUACUUUCAAUAUAAUCCGGCUGAAAGAGCUUGGAUGCAGUUUGGCAAGUCAAAAUCGGAACCGUUUCUAUUUACAUACGUUCCAAUAUCAUACAGUACAAAAGAUUCCUCCUCAGAGAUUGAACAGGAAGUUAAAGAAUAUGAAAAUGAACCUAGUUUAGAAUUUUGUGACAAGCAAGUCGCCGAGCCAGCUACAGACAAUUUUAACCGUGAAGAGUCAGCUACGGACAAUUACAACCAUGACGAGUCAGCUCAGUCAGCUCAAUCUAUUUCCGAUCAGCUCCCAUCAUCAGGCAACAAAUUCAGGAGCAUCCAAGAAAAAAAGUCAUUGCACGUCAUGAAUCAUCAGCAACAGCACCUAUUGGAAGACAGAGAAGUCUCCAGUCUUGACGAAUCCUUUACUAUAAAUCCGUUUGACAAAAGACCGAUAUCCAGCAACUCUUCGCACUCCAUCCCAAGCUCACGAAGUUCUCCAAUGGCUAGCAGCGUACUGAACAGCUCAAACAGUCAUUUGAGAUUACAAAUGUCACCCACAAAGACUUUUACUCACUUAAGCUCUGAAUUGGCCUAUUCCCAACCAUUUUCGUAUUAA